GGGCCCGCGGCGCGGAUGGCGGGGUCGUGGGGCGCCGAGCCGCCGCGCUUCCUGGAGGCCUUCGGGCGGCUGUGGCAGGUGCAGAGCCGGCUGGGCAGCGGCUCGUCGGCGUCCGUGUACCGCGUGCGCUGCUGCGGCUCCCCCGGCUCCCCGCCCGGCGCGCUCAAGCAGUUCCUGCCGCCGGGGGCCACGGGCUGCGCCGCCUCGGCCGCCGAGUACGGCUUCCGCAAGGAGCGGGCGGCGCUGGAGCGACUGCAGGGCCACCGCAACAUCGUGACCCUGUAUGGUGUGCUAACCGUGCCUGCACGCUGCCUGCUGCUGGAACUGCUUGACGUGAGCGUGUCUGAGCUGCUGCUCCACUCCAGCCUCCGGGGCUGCUCCAUGUGGACCAUCCAGCACUGCGCACGGGACGUCCUAGAGGCCCUCGCAUUCCUCCAUCACGAGGGCUAUGUCCACGCCGACCUCAAGCCGCGGAACAUCCUGUGGAGUGCCGAGAGCGAGUGCUUCAAGCUCAUCGAUUUUGGGCUCAGCUUCCGAGAAGGCAAUCAGGAUGUCAAGUACAUCCAAACCGACGGGUACCGGGCCCCAGAGGCAGAGCUGCAGAACUGCCUGGCCCAGGCAGGCCUGCAGAGUGACACAGAAUGUACCUCAGCAGUGGACCUGUGGAGCCUCGGGAUCAUUCUGCUGGAGAUGUUCUCAGGAAUGAAGCUCAAACACACAGUUCGAUCUCAGGAAUGGAAGGCAAACAGUUCUGCCAUCAUUGACCACAUAUUCGCCAGUAAAGCUGUGGUGAACGCUGCCAUCCCCGCCUACCACCUUAGAGACCUUAUCAAAAGCAUGCUCCAUGAGGAUCCCAGCCACAGGAUUCCUGCCGAGGUGGCCCUGGGCAGCCCCUUCUUCAGCAUCCCCUUUGCCCCCCAUAUCGAAGACUUGGUGAUGCUGCCUACACCCGUGCUGCGACUACUCAAUGUGCUGGAUGAGGACUACCUAGAGAAUGAGGAGGAGUAUGAAGAUGUUGUGGAGGAUGUGCGUGAGGAGUGCCAGAAGUUUGGGCCCGUGGUAUCUCUGCUCGUCCCCAAGGAGAACCCUGGCCGAGGACAGGUCUUGGUGGAGUACGCGAACGCCGGGGAUUCCAAGGCAGCGCAGAAGCUCCUCACAGGGCGGCUGUUCGAUGGGAAGUUCGUGGUGGCCACGUUCUACCCCCUGAGUGCCUACAAGAGGGGCUAUCUCUACCAGACACUGCUGUGAUGCCCACGUGCCUGCUACUGCACUCCCGCCUGCACCCCCUCCGAGCAGCCCACAACAGCGGGUGUGGUUCCUGGCUCAGGAAGCCUGUGCCUAGUGAAGGGAUGAAAGACGGUCGGUUUUUGCUGGCGGGUA